AUGGUUUUCAACCCACUGGAUGACAAUCGCAGAAGUGAGACUAAGAAAACUGCAUCAUUUGACAACAAAUGCAAAGAAGAGAAAGAAGAAUCAGUUGAGAGUCAUGAGACGCAGACUAUUGAUGAUACUGCCGUGAGAUCAGCAGAAAAACAGACGACCGAUGACUCGAGCUGGCCGCGUUUUGCAGAAGAGGAUUACAUUGUCUUCUGUUUUCAAGAGGACGGAGCGAUUCAUGUGCUCAAGGAUAGGAAAUUGGAGGUUUCAAAUCAUCAUAUUGAUCGAUCAAGCGAAAGUUCAAGGCUUGUUAGUCGAAAGGGUGAGGAGGAUGAAGAGAGGCUUCAUAUGGAUACCCAGUUGGCUGCAGAUGGGAUCAAAGAGGUAAAUCACAGUGAGGAGAUUAAAGAAUGUAAGAUGGUUUCUGCUACAUCAAGCGACUCUAAUCAAUCGGAUGGUAGCACAAGUUCUUUUGCAUUCCCAGUAUUAGGCUUGGAAUGGAUGGAGAGUCCAGAAAAAAUGCCAAAAUCAGAAGACCUGCACUCGAGGAAGCACAAAGCCCGGAUUGUGCGCCCUCAGUGUUGCAAAUUCUGA